CAACCCCCUGCCGAAACCCUGAAAACGCAACGCAUACGGAGACUCAGGCUCGAAUGGUUCUUCAAAGCUCGUUCCACGUUUAGAUUACAAAUCUUUUGAGACCCGACUCUUUCGUAAUUAUUCCUGUUUUCUGGAAUAUAAAUGGCUUCUUUGUUCAAGGAUCUAAAUAAGCUCUCAGCUUAUCGAGAUAGGAGAUUGACUGGAUCACAAGAAGAAUUUGAGGAAGCACUAAAGAGCUCAACUACUGUUUAUAUUGGAAACAUGUCUUUCUACACGACAGAAGAGCAAGAUUAUGAGCUGUUUUCUCGGGUUGGAGAGAUUAAAAAGAUGACCAUGGGUUUGGAUAAGAAUUCAAAAACCCCUUGUGGAUUUUGUUUUGUAUUAUAUUACUCCAGAGAAGACACCGAAGAUGCUUUGAAGUAUAUAAGUGGGACUAUACUUGAUGAUCGUCCUAUCCGUGUAGAUUUUGACUGUGGUUUCCAAGAGGGUAGGCAGUGGGGACGUGGUCGAAGUGGUGGUCAGGUGCGUGAUGAAUAUCGAACUGACUAUGAUCCUGAUAUCCUUCCUUUUGUUUUAUUGAAAUAUAAGUACUUAUGAUUGGUGUCCCUGGAUUUUGUUUUAUCUGAGAAGGAGUUUCAUCUGUUACAUAUAUAGAGAGGCAUCUAUGAAAAGAAGCAU